AUGCUUUCUGCAAUUGUCCUUGCCACCAUUGCAACACAUGCUUUGGCUCAAUCUUCAUCAAUAAAUCCGAUCACGACUCAAGGAUUGAGUCUAACAAGUGCACAACAACUUGGUGCGAAUCAAUUCGCCUAUCCAAACUACAACGGACAAUUGGGGCUGAAUGGACAGCUUUCUGGAAAUCAGAAUUACCCAUUUAACAUCUUAAACGGUCAACAGCAACCAGGAUCAUCAAUCUACGGAAAUCAGCUCGGUUACCCAAACACUCAAAAUCAAUGGCCAUUUGGAAGCCAACUUGGCAACCCAUUAAACCAACAAGGACAAUAUCCAACUCAACAGCAACAAUAUCCAUUCGGCAACCAAAAUCUCCCUUUCCGAAGCCAGAACCAAUCCCCAUUCGGCACUCAACAACAAUAUCCGUUCGGCGCUCAACAACAGUACCCAGGUGGCCAGAACCAAUCCCCAUUCGGCACCCAACAACAAUAUCCCUUCGGCGCUCAACAACAAUAUCCGUUCGGCACUCAACAACAGUACCCAGGUGGCCAGAAUCAAUUCCCAUUCACCGGAAAUCAGAACCAAUAUCCUCAGCUUGGCUUUGGAAUGAACGGAUGGCAAGGACAGCAACAACAAGGGACGAUUGGAAGUGGAUUGAAUGGUUUCCCAAGCUCGCAAAACUUUGAGUGCCUUUUACCGAAUAGUGCCUUCAACCCUAACUGUCAAAAUGGAAACGGAAUGAUUGGAGCUCAAAGUGGCAUCUGCACUCGUCAAGCACAGUGCUCUGGUGGACAGGUUUGUUGUGGGCAAUCGCAAAACACGCAAUCACCACUCUCGUCAGCGAUUUUCCCUCAAGUGAUCGGUCGCUGCCAAAUCACCUGUCCCAUUGGGCAAACACCGUUGAUGUUAAACUCAGCAGACGAAUGUUUCUCUUGUGUCAGUGCCAAUGACUGGACGUAUUUCGCUAACAGAAUUAAUGGACUCAAGUAUUUAGCGCUGAAUGAACGGCCUCCACUCGCUCCGAUGAGUUGUGUGCUUGAUCCAAUGAAAUCCUAUGCAGAUCGAGCUGCAGUCGCGUGCCCUGGGAAAUGCUUUAAAUUCACAAGUGCCACAAUAAAAAGUGAUGGUGGUAUCGAGCUUUUCUUGCUUCGUGGAUGCUAUGAAAGACUCGUCAACUCAUCCAAUCAUCCACCGCCAAACGAUGAUCGCUGCUACCAAUCUCCGGAUCAUUACACUCACGAGAUCGGCACAGAGUAUCAUUCACAGUGUUUUUGCAAGGGUUUCAUGUGUAAUUCAUCAAAAAACAUCGAUUUUUUCAAAUUUACAACGAUUCUAUUGUUCUUUAUUUAUAUUUUG